CUUCCCCAAGAGCACCCUUUUACAUAAAAAUAGUGUCCAAGCAAAAGAAUUAUUUUUGGAAAGCAAAAAAUAAAAAGUAAUAAGCUUUGCAAUCAAAAUGUAUGUGUACUACACUACUACUCCUAGAAGUUUAUUGUCAGAGUUAUGAAUAAAAUAGAAAAUAGAUCUGCCAUACAUAUAAGGCACCUCCUUGUCAGAAACUCCAUAUCUCUCUUUAUCUGUCCUUCUCUCUCUAACUAUCUCUCUCAUCUACUACUACUUGUUUAGUAUUUUUCUCCCAAAUCAGUUGGAGAAGUUGCAGAUAUCAAUUUUUCUGACAGAAUCAACAGAAAUCUCCAGUUACAUAAAAGGCAUGUCAGUCUAUCCAUCUUAUUCCCUCCCUUCCUUCUUAUAGAUAGAGAUCAGAAAGAAAAGAGGGGCCAGAAUAUUUGGUUUCAGCAUCAAAUUCCCCAUCAAAUGACAUGGGAAUAAUAAUUUAUACCAGCCUUUUCCUGUUUACACUUUGUUGAUUUAAGAAAAUAAAAUAAUUUGUGGGAGUGAUUAUAAAUAUAAGAUUUACAAAGUUAUAAUAAUAAUAAUAAUAAUAAUAAUAAUAAUAAUAAUAAUAAUAAUAAUAAUAAUAAUAAUAAUAAUAAUAAUCAAAAUUCAAUGAUGGCAACAUACUUUCAUGGAGGUUCAGAAAUCCAAGCAGCAGCAGCAGGAGCAGCAGGAGGAGGAGAUAAUAACCUACAGACACUCUACCUUAUGAACCCUAACUUGAUUGCUGCUUAUUCUGAAGCGCAAACACCUUCUAACAUGCUCUUUCUCAACCCUGCCAACGCGCUUUCACAAGCUAAUCUUCACGCGCCUCCUCCUCCACCGCCUCAACAGCAGCAGUUCAUUGGAAUUCCUCUAAGUGGACCCCAUCCCCAUCCUCAUCCUUCUGAAGAUCACAGCCGUCCAUCUCCAACUUCAUCAGGUUCACUUCAAUAUCAUCAGAACCAUCAGAUCGUCCCUGCUGCUGCUUUGCAUGGGUUAUCAGUUUCCAGAGUCCACCCAAAUCUUUGGAGCCCCGUUGGGAAUCCGAGUCCUUCUCAAACCGGCCCAAUAUCAUCUUCUGGGUCCGGUCAAGACAUGGCUGAUCAGAUGGGCCUCCGUAGGCCAGUAACUGCUCAAGGCCUAUCCUUAAGUUUAUCACCCGGACAGCAACAACAACAUCAGAACCAGAGUCAGGUCACAGUAGCGGGUGGGUCUGAUGGAGUUAUACUCGGAUCCAAGUACUUGAAACCGGUCCAAGAGUUGUUAGAGGAAGUGGUGAAUGUUAGAGGUAAUAAAAAGGGUACUGGUACUGGGAGUGGAAAUGAUUUCACUAGUACUAAUAAUAAUAAUAAUGGGGAAAACCCAAUUGGUGAGCUGAGUGGGGUCCACAAGGAGAAGUCGAAAGCCGUCGCCACCCCUCGAGAGCAAUCGAGUGUUGGUGACGACGAGGGAGCGAGCCAUGGCGGUAGUGGUGGUGGUGGUGGUGGUGGAGGGAGUAGUAGUGCAGGGAAUAAGAAGGCAUCAUCAUCAGCAGACUUAAGUACUGCUCAAAGACAAGAACUUCAAAUGAAGAAGGCCAAAUUGCUAAACAUGCUUGAUGAGGUGGAACAAAGAUACAGGCAAUACAACACACAGAUGCAAGUAGUAGUUUCAUCAUUCGAACAAGCAGCAGGAAUAGGUUCAGCAAAACUGUACACUUCCCUAGCAUUGAAGACAAUUUCAAAGCAAUUUAGAUGCCUAAAAGAUGCAAUCAUGUCACAAAUCAAAGCAACAAGCAAGAGUUUAGGGGAAGAAGACAGUAAUAGUAAUACAACAGGUGUAAAACUGGAAGGCAGUAGUGGUUCCAGAUUGAAAUUCGUGGAUCACCAGCUUCGACAGCAGCGGAUGUUACAGCAGCUUGGCAUGAUGCAGCAUAACGCCUGGCGCCCCCAGCGCGGUUUACCUGAGCGUGCUGUUUCCGUUCUUCGUGCUUGGCUCUUUGAACACUUCCUUCACCCAUACCCCAAAGACUCGGAUAAACACAUGCUGGCUAAACAGACAGGGCUUACAAGAAGCCAGGUAUCGAAUUGGUUUAUCAAUGCUCGAGUUCGUCUAUGGAAGCCAAUGGUGGAGGAAAUGUACUUGGAGGAACUCAAGACUCAAGAGCAAAACAGUGCCAAUUCGGAGGAAAACAACAACAACAACAAAAUUAACACCACCAGCAUGAAACACGACACCUCCACAACCAAGGAACCGGUCCCACAUGACCACCAACACCACCAAGAUCAGGGAAACACCGCCAUAAUUCAACAAGGCGGCGACCACACAACCAACGACAUGAUAUCCAAUUUAUCAGCAAUGUCCACCACAUCAACACAAGGUUUCACUCUUAUUGGUUCAUCAUCUGAUAUGGACUCAUUCAUAGCAAGAAGCCCCAAGAAACAAAGAAGCAAUUCUGACAUGCAAAAUUCUCCUAGUAGUAUCCUCUCUAUGGACAUGGAAAUGAAACCAAUUGAUCACCAUCAAAGACACUCUUUUUUGAUGUCUAAUCAUGGGGAUGCAUCAGCAACAGGUUUUAAUCCUUACCUAAUUAAUGAUAUUGCAGGAAGAUUUAACCCUGAUCAGAUGACCGCGCACCCAUAUCAUGGGAACACGGUCUCUCUGACUUUAGGUCUUCCGCAUUGCGAAAACCUAUCACUUGGAAAUCAUCAACAGAAUUUUCUUCCAAAUCAAGGGAUUCAAUUGGGAAGGCGACUCGACGUUGGAGGUACUGAGACUGAUUUUUGUGGGAUUAGCAUGGCUCAACCUUCACACCCUAAUAAUGGGUAUGAAAAUAUUGAUAUACAAAACCCUAAGAGGUUCGCUGCUCAUCAGCUUUAUGAUUUCGUUGCUUGACAACUAUACAAAUUAUUCAUCUGUUCUUUUUGAGUUUGCUACAUAUAUCAUGAUUAAAAAAAAUUUCUCAGUACAAAAUUAUAAUUUAGUAAACUCUGAGGAACAGAAGGGUAUAUUAUUACAAAAACGAAGAAAAAAAUUGAAGCAUAAUGAAGCUAGCUAGCUAAGUCCUCAUUAUGAUAUGUCUUUUAAUUUUCUUGAUAUACAAGAAUGAAAAUGAUUGUUAUGCAGAAAAAAAAGAUUUAACAAAGGGGAUUUGGUAUAGGAAUUUUAUAUACUUAGGAUAUAUUUUACGCAUAUUAUUCUUGGUAAGUUUGUAGCAAUAUUAAUUAUGAUAGCCUAUAGGGGAAGUUAGGGAUUGGUAAUUAAGAGGUUAUUAAUUAAUACUUAUUAUUGUUAUCAUAUAUGCAACUGGAAUAGCUUGUUAUUGAUGAUUAUAUACUUCAAUGUUGUAAGGUAGACACGUACAGUGUACAAUUUCAAUUUGUAUAUAUGGGUUGUAAUAUAUUAUAGUGUUGGAGAAGUUAAAAAUAUAUUUUGAAUUUUCAUAUAGAA